GAACCCAAAAGGCGCCCAACCCAAGACGGGCUCACUGACAAUACAUGCUCCAUUGUCUUGCCAUGCGUGUGUUUCAAUAUCGAGUUCACAGCACCCAAUCACCUCGUUCAAUCCCAUCCCUUCAUCCAAUCUCAAACUUAAAUCAACGACUCUGCUUUCUUCACAGGUCACCGGAGAGAGAUGACCUCAUUCAGAGACUUUAAAAACAGUGUUGACACCUAACUCCGUAUAAACAUUCUGAACCUUCUCCCUUCGUGGUUCAGUGUGUUCCCCAGUGAUUUUCCUCUCUACCUCUACAGAAGAAUUUACAUUGUUAGGGUUCCCUUCCUUUGCCUCUUCAGGCCAUGGAUUCAUUUGAGCCAGAUGGAAACGGGAAGGAGGGGUCGCUUCCACCACCACCUCCUGUUGUUCCCUCUAAUGUGGUACCUCUAAAAGCCGAAGAAGUACUCUCCCAUGCUGAACCUGUAAAGAAAAAGGUGUCUCGACUUCCAAUUGCCAGACGGGGUCUGGGAUCAAGAGGAAAUAAAAUACAAUUACUAGCUAAUCACUUCAAAGUUAAUGUCACUAAAACCGAUGGACAUUUCUUCCAUUAUAGCGUGGCUUUUACUUAUGAAGAUGGGCGUCCUGUAGAAGGUAAGGGUGUAGGGAGAAAGAUUAUGGACAGGGUGCAGGAAACGUACCAUUCUGACUUAAAUGGUAAGGACUUUGCAUAUGAUGGGGAGAAAAGUUUGUUUACUCUUGGCUCCCUUCCUCGGAAUAAGCUUGAAUUUGAAGUUAUUCUGGAGGAUGUCACCUCUAACAGGAACAAUGGCAAUUGCAGUCCUGAUGGUAAUGGGGACAAUGAGAGUGACAAAAAGAGAAUGCGGCGUCCUUACCGUUCAAAAUCAUUCAAAGUAGAGAUAAGCUACGCAGCAAAAAUUCCGAUGCAAGCCAUCACCAACGCCUUACGUGGUCAAGAGACAGAGAAUUUUCAAGAAGCCAUUAGAGUUCUUGAUAUAAUUUUGAGGCAGCAUGCUGCUAAACAAGGCUGCUUGCUUGUACGCCAAUCCUUUUUCCACAAUGAUCCAAAUAAUUUUGCUGAUGUUGGAGGUGGUGUUCUUGGCUGUAGAGGAUUCCAUUCAAGUUUUAGAGCUACACAGAGUGGCCUGUCUCUCAACAUAGAUGUUUCAACUACCAUGAUAAUUACUCCCGGGCCUGUGGUGGAUUUCUUAAUUUCCAAUCAAAAUGUUAGAGAUCCUUUUCAACUUGACUGGGCUAAGGCCAAAAGAACCUUAAAGAAUCUGAGGAUUAAAACCAAGCCAUCCAAUCAAGAAUUCAAAAUUAAUGGGCUCAGUGAACUCCCAUGCAGAGAGCAGACUUUUACUUUGAAGGGUAAAGGUGGAGGGGAUGGUGGAGAUGGUAAUGAGGAAAUCACUGUUUAUGAUUAUUUUGUGAAUGUUCGAAAGAUAGAUUUGCGAUACUCUUCUGAUCUUCCAUGCAUUAAUGUUGGGAAGCCUAAACGGCCAACUUAUUUUCCCAUUGAGCUUUGUGAAUUGGUAUCACUGCAACGGUAUACAAAAGCUUUGUCAACCCUUCAAAGGGCCUCAUUAGUGGAGAAAUCCCGGCAGAAGCCACAAGAUAGGAUGAAAAUUUUGUCUGAUGCACUUAGAUGCAGCAACUAUGGGUCUGAACCUUUGCUCCGUAAUUGUGGAAUUUCUAUAAGCACUGGUUUCACUGAAGUGGAGGGUCGGGUUUUGCCUGCACCAAGGUUGAAGUUUGGCAACGGUGAGGACCUCAAUCCAAGGAAUGGGAGAUGGAAUGUUAGCAACAAGAGGUUUGUGGAGCCGUCAAAGAUAGAAAGAUGGGCUGUUGCUAACUUUUCAGCACGCUGUGAUGUACGAGGACUUGUGCGAGACCUGAUUAGAAUUGGAGAUAUGAAAGGAAUUUCAAUAGAGGAGCCGUUUGAUGUGUUUGAUGAGAGUCCUCAGUUUAGGCGUGCCCCACCCAUGGUUAGAGUGGAGAAGAUGUUUGAAACCAUCCAGUCUAAACUUCCUGGUGCUCCUCAGUUCCUUCUCUGUUUGCUUCCUGAUCGGAAAAAUUGUGAUAUUUAUGGUCCAUGGAAAAAGAAGAAUCUUGCUGAUUUUGGAAUCAUUAAUCAGUGUAUGUGUCCUUCAAGGGUCAAUGAUCAAUACCUUACCAAUGUUAUGUUGAAGAUCAAUGCCAAGCUUGGUGGAUUGAAUUCAUUGUUAGGUGUUGAAGUUUCUCCUUCUCUUCCCAUUGUUUCCAAAGCUCCUACCCUCAUUCUGGGCAUGGAUGUGUCACAUGGCUCUCCUGGGCAGACUGAUAUUCCUUCUAUUGCUGCGGUGGUCAGCUCUAGACAGUGGCCUCUGAUAUCUAAAUACAGGGCUUGUGUUCGUACCCAAUCUGCAAAGGUUGAAAUGAUAGAUAAUUUGUUCAAGCAAGUGUCUGAAAAGGAUGAUGAAGGCAUCAUGAGGGAACUUCUGCUUGAUUUCUAUUCAACUUCUGGAAGGAGAAAACCAGAAAAUAUUAUCAUAUUCAGGGAUGGAGUUAGUGAGUCACAGUUCAAUCAAGUUUUGAAUAUUGAACUUGAUAGUAUAAUUGAGGCUUGCAAAUUUCUUGAUGAAAAUUGGGAGCCAAAGUUUACAGUAAUUGUUGCUCAGAAGAAUCACCACACCAGAUUUUUCCAGCCUGGCUCUCCUGACAAUGUCCCUCCUGGAACCGUUAUCGACAAUAAAAUUUGUCACCCCAGAAAUUAUGAUUUCUACCUUUGUGCACAUGCUGGAAUGAUAGGAACUAGCAGGCCUACCCAUUACCAUGUGCUGCUAGAUGAGAUUGGUUUCUCUCCGGAUCAGCUACAAGAGCUUGUCCAUUCAUUAUCAUACGUGUAUCAGAGGAGCACCACUGCCAUUUCUGUUGUUGCCCCAAUUUGCUAUGCACACUUGGCGGCAACCCAGCUGGGGCAUUUCAUGAAAUUUGAGGAAAAGUCUGAGACAACUUCAAGCCAUGGUGGAGGGAGUGGUGCUGGUGCUGUUCCGGUCCCUCAGAUGCCUCCUUUGCAGGAAAAUGUGCGCAACACAAUGUUCUUUUGUUGACUGAGGCCUUAGGUUGCCUCUUUUGAUGAAAAAGCUGUACAUGAGUAAUGUCCCUAUCUAGCUUCAUGUGGACGGUUUAAGACUGAAUAAGGCUUUUGCAGGACAAUGUUCUUUUUGUUGAAUGAAGUUCAGAUGCCUCUUCUGAUGAAAAUGCUGUACAUAAGUUGUGGUAGACUGCAGAGUACUCUUUUCUAUGUUGAGGCUUGCUUCCUAGGCCAUGCCUUUUUCAUGUAUUUUGUGGACCCUAUCUCUUUUGCAGUGUCAAGACUCGUUCUUUUUUAAUGCAUUUUAACUUUUGAGCUUUUA